AUGGCAACAUUUGGAGAUCUCGAAAGAGCGCUAGCGGACCUUUAUCCCUACCGCUGGGUCAUCGGGGCAGCCGUCAUCGCGAUUUUCGCCGGGUUCGUGGCCCUCGGCUGGUGGCGAGGCUGGCACCUGUGGGCCUGGAGAUACCGCAAGCCGCUGGGCAUCGUAUCCGUCCCGCUGAUAGUCAUCACCCUGUGGCUGGGCUGGUCGCUGGGUUCGCCGCUGUUCACCAACGUGACGGUGGACGAGGACUUCCCCUUCGCGGGCAGCGCAACGGUGCCGAAUGGCAUGGAGCGGGAGGAAGUGGAGCAGAUCCUGUCGGGGUUCUCCAACGUGGAGACGGAGGUUAUGGAGACCAUGCCGGCACCGGCGGCGAUCGACGCGUCGGUGGCCCUGGCGUCCGACAGUGCUGACACCGGGGACUCCAUAGUGGUGUUCACGCCGGAACGCCGGGCCACUCUCGAAAAAGGCAUGAACAUGGCGAUGAAAGCAUCAGAGGCCGACAGCAUGGAGGAGGCCUCGGCCAUGGCCGGCGAGGGAGUCGCGAUGAUGGAGCAGGCCAUCGAGCAGUCGGAGAUGGCGGCGCAGCCUGCGGCGAGCGACCAGGUGCAGGCAGUGGCGAUGGGUAGCUUCAAGGACGCCGACGCCUUCCACCGCGGCAGCGGCACCGCCACCAUCUACCGGACGCCCGAUGGGUCGGAGGUCCUGCGGCUGGAGAACCUGAACGUUACCAACGGGCCAGCGCUGCACGUGGUGCUGUCCACACACCCGGACCCGGAGCGGUCGCAGCAGGUCAAGCAGGAGGGCUAUGUCGACCUUGGGGACCUCAAGGGCAACCGCGGCAACCAGAACUACCCGAUUCCCGCGGGUGUGGACACCUCGAUUCACAAGAGCGUGGUGAUCUACUGCUACCCCUUCGCCGUGGUGUUCAGCGUGGCAGAACUGGGGAGUUAG